UUUUUGUCUUCAACGAUUCAUCUUGACAUACGACUCUUUGGUAAAGUUUCAGUUUGCAUAAAUAGCGGGCAGAGGACAGGGUUCAACCGAGGAGCGUUGUUUAACUUGUAGGCUUUUCUUGGUAGACGGGGAUCUGCCUGAGUAGUUCUUUAAGUGUGUGUACAUGAGUGUGUGUGUGUGCAGGUAAGCUAGCUGUGUGUGGAAAUGAGGCUGAGCGGUGUGCUAGUGUGUGUGUUCCUGCUUUGGGUUGAAGGGUCCUGGGGUGACACACCGGCCAACUGCACCUAUGAAGAGCUGGUGGGAACAUGGGUGUUCCAGGUGUCCAAAGGAGGGCACGACAAGACCCUCAACUGCUCCACCGAAGCUAUAGGUGACAGCUCCGUGACUGUGACACUGGAGAAACUGUCUGUAGCCACAGACGAGCUGGGGAACACCGGCUUCUUUACCAUCAUCUACAACCAGGGCUUUGAAGUGGUCAUUAAUGGGUACAAAUGGUUCGCCUUCUUCAAGUAUACUCAGGAGGGCUUCAAGGUGACCAGCUACUGUGACCAGACCCUGCCAGGGUGGGUCCAUGAUGUCCUGGGAAACAACUGGGCCUGUUUUGUAGGGAAGAGAGUGAAAGCAGUACCACCCCGUACAGAUUACAAACCACUUUUCAGCAGCAGGCUGCUGCAGAAACCGUACAAACACAACCUGGAUUUCAUUGAUUCUAUCAACUCGGUUCAGAGUUCCUGGAAGGCUGCUCCCUACCCAGAGCAUGAACAGUACACUCUACAGGAGCUGCACUACAGAGCAGGAGGGCCUGCUUCCCGUAUCCCUAUGCGUGUUCGCCCUAUGGCUGUAAGAGCUGAAGUUGCCAAGAUGGCGGCAGCUCUACCUGAGUACUGGGAUUGGAGAAAUGUUGACGGCGUUGACUUUGUCAGCCCUGUGCGAAACCAAGCAUCAUGUGGUAGCUGCUACUCCUUUGCCUCCAUGGGAAUGCUGGAAUCUCGCAUUCGAAUCGUCACCAACAACAGUGAGACUCCCAUCCUCAGCCCUCAACAAGUGGUCUCCUGCUCUGAAUAUUCUCAAGGUUGUGAUGGUGGCUUCCCAUACCUGAUUGGGAAAUAUGUCCAGGAUUUCGGCGUUGUGGAUGAGUCAUGCUUUCCAUAUGUUGCAAAGAACACUCCGUGUGGCGUCCCUCAAAAUUGCGGCCGCAUGUACGCAGCGGAAUACAACUACGUCGGUGGGUUUUAUGGCGGCUGCAGUGAGACGACCAUGAUGUUGGAACUGGUCAAGAGUGGGCCCAUGGCAGUGGCCUUUGAGGUCUACCCUGACUUCAUGCACUAUAAGGAGGGCAUCUACCACCACACAGGCCUGGCAGACCCCUUCAAUCCCUUCGAGCUGACCAACCAUGCUGUGCUGCUGGUGGGGUACGGCCGCUGCCACAAGACCGGACAGAAGUACUGGAUUGUUAAGAACAGCUGGGGCACCAGCUGGGGCGAGGGCGGCUACUUCAGAAUCCGCCGGGGAAGUGAUGAGUGUGCUAUUGAGAGCAUCGCAGUCGCAGCCAAACCUAUCCCCAAACUGUAAACUCAGGAUGGGAGGAAUGGAGUGUCCUGAUGAGUCUCAAUAGUGCAACUUAGUUUUUUUUCCUUCUGUGUAGCUUAGGUGUUUUCAGUGUGCACUUGCGCGGUUGAAAAUUUAAGCUAAAACGGCUGGAACGGCUGUUGAUUUCAAUAUUCCAUAUGACUACGAAAUAUACUAAAGUGAAAUCCACCCAAAACCAAAGUAGCAAGUUUUGUCACUCAAAAAUUGGACCAAAAACAAGACAUUUAAUUCUGAUCGUCAAAUGCCGAAAUGUUUACUGUAGUGGAUCCAACCAAUGUAACAUGUAAUGAGAGACAAGACAACAUCCAAUUACUAGUAUGGAAAUUGGAUUCCACUUUAGUUAAAAAGAUAAAUAGGGACACACUGUUCAGUUUCUAAAAGUACUGACACAUCCUGAACACCUUGCUGCCUUUAUUUUUUAUUUUUUUUUAGCAGUCACUGAUUAGCUGCCUGUGGAUGAUUUAAUUCAAGCUGUAACUGCCGACACUGACUUGGAAUCAAAAUGGAUUGGUACAUACUUUGACAAAUCACGAUGGGUUGUAAAUUGUAGCUGUAGCAUUUUUUGAAGGGAAUUUGCAACUGAGGAGUCAGCAUUUGUGUUUGUCUGUCAAAUGCAGGACCUUGAUUCUUUGUCUCAGGGAAGCACUUUGGAGAAUUGAAGUAUCUUCUGUCCUUGCAUCAAAAUUGAAACCGUGACUGCCAUGUUCCUCUGUGGGGUAAAUUUGUUUCCCAAUUGAGCAUUUAAUAGGGAUUAUUUAAUGGAUGUAAGGGAUGACUGUAGUGCCUUUAUUCUGCCUCCCAUUUACCCCUAUGUUUUUAUGUAAGCAUUUGUUCUACAUUAUAUUGUGAGAUGUUUUUUUUUUUUUGUUUUUUUUGUUUUUUUUGUUUUUUAAAUCUGAUGGAAUAAAAGCAUUUCAAGAUCA